CGACCAUGGCUCUAAAUCUCCAGUGCGUUAUUUUUAGUUCAGUGGUGGACAUCCUCGAAGGUGUAACGGGAUGAAGGACACUAGAAUGGUGAAUUGUGCCAUUGCCAUGAGAAUGGAGUGAUCUGUGCACUUUCUAAGGUGACCGCAGUGAUGGAGAGUCCUUCGAAGAUUGAGAGGCGGCAGGCGUGGGCGCUCGGUAGCCGCCGCAAGCUUACGGUAAAUGUGGCGGAACAGCACAGCUCUACACUAGAAAAUCCUCACCCUCAUUUCUCCUACCAAGAUGACGUCUUUGUGGAUGGAUACUCUGCAGGAAAGAUUGAAACCUGGCUCCAAGGUUGUGGGAAUGAAGCCAGUCCAGCAAAAACCAGACACCUGACAAUAGGUGCUUUGAAGACAGGCACUAGCUCUGAGGAUGAUCUGAGUCUGGGAGCAGAUGCUUUAUGUGCUGCAUCAGAUGUGCCACAGUAUAGCACACCUCAGCAGAAACUUAACUUGCCAUUGUUCAACAUGGGUCACAGUUUCGCAUCCACUGCCCUGUCAUCCACUACAAACAGGACUGCUUCCAGUGUGUCUGAGGUUCUCAAUAUGCGUGCCGAAGACGCAGAAGAGACUCUUUUCAAGCUGGGUUUUGGUUGUGAAGAGCCUCAGGUGACUGCCCGUGUCCCAGUUCGCUUCUUCAACUUUCCAUCCCAGCUCAGAGGUAUCAACUUUCGGCUAUUCCUUGAAUCCCAACUCUCCAGGAUACGCCAGGAAGACCCCUAUCUUUCAUUAGCAAGUCGUUUCCAACAAGUAGAGGCAUUAACAGCGAUGGCCAAUGCAUUCUAUUCGUUGUACUCCCAUGUGUCCCGGACGCCACUUCGGAAGCUAGCUCCACCCCAGUUCACCUUCUCAUCAGUAUUUGAGGAAAAAAUCAUGUCUCGAACCAGUGUCCGAAGCGAGCCACGUUCCCCUGUUGAAAAGCUAAAAGACACUAUAUCCAAGAUGUGCUUGUACACUGGAUCCCAUGGCUCGGACUCUGUCUCUCCUAGCAGUUCACCACGUAAACGAAACUGUAGUCUGUCACAUGCAGUUGAGAAAGACGGGGAGAAUUCAGGGAAUGAUGAUGCCAACAAACAAGGUACAGAUCUAUGCCAUCAAAUGGAAGUAGGUGAUUUGGAUUCAGACAUGGACUGUUUUAUAAGGGGCAAGAAAGAUCUUGAAGAGGCAUGUGAAGUAAAGACUGAAAGAACGGAUUCUAAGAGAGUUACAGAUACGACAUCUGAGCUGACACAGCAUUCUAGAAGUGACAUAGUCAUGGAGUCCAAAGGUUGUACUUCUGUUCACUUGAAAAGCUCCAGCAUUACCAUGGAACCUGUUCCUAUCAUUACCCAUGAUGUCAUAUGCCCUCAGGUCAUGGAAUAUGUCAGUCAGGCACCUUAUCGCAGUCUACAAACAAAUAAUAUGGAUGCCAGUUACUUACCUCUUGCACACCAGGUGACAAAUAAACCUUCAACAAGACAGUCUAACACAAUGCAUUUACCCAUCACAACUGCAGGUUUACCAAUCUGUACCACACCACUAGAUAACCAGGUUGGGGCCCUGGAUAAUGCACUUCCUGGUAAUUGUCCCAGUGAGCUUUCUUCUGAGCUCACAGCCACCACACAAAAGUCAUUAUCUCAAAUCACAAUCACUGGAUGGGAGAACAAAAUCACCCUUGCCAACAGAGACAUACAGGAACGGUGUCCAUCCAACAUUUACAGAUACUUAAGCCCAACAAAACCACAUAACCUAAGCAAGUUCAGCCAAUGUCCCAAACAAGCCAACUCUUUUGAGCUGGAGGAGGUGCUCAGUGCAGAAGAAGAGGAAGCCAUUUCAUCAGAUCUCUCCACAGUCACAUCGUCUGUUUCAACACAGCAAUACAAAUCUUCAUCCUUGCGAGGUGACAGUUUCCAGUCAGACAGCAGUGGAUAUGCUGAGGAGGAUGUGCAGCAUUCCCCACUCCAUCGCUACGAAAACUAGACCAAAGUAAAACCAGUGAAGAUGCAUCAGUUUCCUCAUGCUCACCAGGUCUAAAAAUUAAGGGGUUUCAUUCUAUGAAGAAUUAUAGUGAUUUAAUUAUUAAAAAUGUGUUCAUAUUUAUUUUUAUUUAAUGUUAUCUCUCAUAAAUGCAUGAACUUUUUUCCAGCUUUAGUCUUGAAGUUCUGAGGACUCUUAAGAAUCUGUAUGUUAUUUUAUUUGGGGAAGAAAAAAAAAAAAUGUUGAUAAGCAAAAUGCCAUGGUUACCAGCAGAUGGUGACAUAACUAAGCUCCCUAGAAGUUAACACAAAACUACGUCUUGUUCAGAAAUAAGAAAUAAUAGGGCAGCAAGUGAAAAAUUGUCUCCAUGACCGUUGGCUGGAUGAAAGGGCUUGAAAAAAUUACUGGUGAUGUCAAGCAAAAAGAUGUUUCAGGGCCAAGCAUUUCAUUUCAUUAUGAGGAAAAAUUGAAAAAAAAAAAAACCAAACAUUUAUUUCUUUGGAGAAAUAGCCAUAGAAAUUGUUUUAAUGUAAAUAGGUUAUAUAAAUAUGCCGACUUCAACGUCUACACCAACAGCUGUACCUCUUGUGUGAUAAAUACUGCGAUGGUCUGGCUUUCGAUGCACUUUUCAGUCUUGUUCCUGAGAAUAAAAAUGAGCAGCAGUAGAU